GAGGGAGGGCUGACGAGCGACAGUGCUCUGCUUACAUGUGAAACAAGCAAGGAACAAAAACACUGAACAAGCGGAGGCGAAGCAGACGCUGCAGGAUCAUGGCUUCCAGCCUGUGGAAGAUCCUGAAUUACUCGUGGAUUUCUGUGAAUAUCUACCAGAUCCUGCAGCUGGUGAUCCUGUUAUUCUUACUCAUUCUGGCAGUGAAAUUCGCUACAUUCUAUUCCAGAUGGAAGUAUCUGAAAAGUGUCCUGCAAAGCUUCCCUGGGCCACCAGGCCACUGGCUGUACGGACACGUCAACCAGUUUCGUCGUGAUGGCAAGGAUCUGGAACGGCUAAUGGUCUGGGCAGAGCAAUAUCCAAAGGCAUUCCCAUUGUGGAUUGGAAAGUUUGUGACAUCCCUGAUCAUCACUCACCCCGAAUAUGCCAAGGCGGUGUUCGGAAGACCAGAUCCCAAAACACCAACUGGUUACAAUUUCCUGGUCCCAUGGAUUGGGAAGGGGUUACUUGUACUAUCCGGGGACACCUGGUUCCAUCACCGCCGGCUGCUCACGCCAGGUUUCCACUACGACGUGCUGAAGCCGUACAUCCAGCUGUUCUCCGAUUCCACAAAAGUUAUGCUGGAUAAAUGGGAUUCUCUCUGCAAUAAAGAUGAAUCAGUGGAGCUUUUUCAAUAUGUCAGCAUGAUGACACUCGACAGCAUAAUGAAGACCGCCUUCAGUUACCAUAGCAACUGCCAGACUGACAACGACGGCUCCUACAUCCAGGCUGUGUAUGACCUUUCCUUACUCACCCAGCUCAGGAUCCGAACGUUUCCGUAUCACAAUGACCUCAUUUUUCACCUGAGUCCUCACGGCUUCCGUUUCCGCAAGGCCUGCCGGAUAGCGCAUCGUCACACGGAAAAAGUGAUUGAAGAGCGGAAGAAACUCUUAAAAGAUGGAGAAGAAAUGGAAAAACUAAUGCAAAAGAGGCAUCCAGACUUCCUGGACAUUCUUCUCUGCGCCAAGGAUGAGAAUGGUCAGGGUCUGUCUGAUGAGGAGCUGCGCGCAGAGGUGGACACCUUCAUGUUUGAGGGACACGAUACUACGGCCAGCGGGAUCUCCUGGAUCUUGUACUGUAUGGCCCAGUACCCUGAGCACCAGAAGAAAUGUCGGGAGGAGAUCAAAGUGUUGCUGAAGGAGCGAGAGAGCAUGCAAUUGGAAGACCUGAGUAGGAUGCCUUAUACCACAAUGUGCAUUAAGGAAAGUCUCCGUCUCUACCCUCCGGUACCCUCUGUAUCCAGACAGCUCGCUAAGCCAAUCACAUUCUCGGAUGGGCGGUCCUUACCUGCAGGCUGUAUGGUCAGCGUUAAUAUAUACUGCAUGCACCGGAACUCCAGCGUGUGGAAAGAUCCAGAGGUCUUUGAUCCACUGAGAUUUUCUCCCGAAAAUUCCUCCAAGCGCCAUUCCCAUGCCUACGCGCCAUUUGCUGCGGGACCAAGAAACUGCAUCGGGCAGAACUUUGCGAUGAAUGAAAUGAAGGUGGCGGUUGCUCUGACUUUGAAGCGCUUCGAGCUGUCGCCGGACCUCUCCAAACCGGCCCUCAAACAACCCCAGCUUGUACUGCGCUCCAAAAAUGGCAUCCACGUGUACAUGAAGAAAGCAAGCUGAUUUCAGCUUUCAAGCCGGAAUUAUUACGCACCUAACGGCUGCCUCCGGACCCUCACUGUAAUUGCAGCCCAUCUCGGUUUUGGACUUUAAUUCCUUGGUUGACAAGAAAUUCCUUUAUAAUUGAGAAAUAUAUUUUCUGAUACAAACUCCAGGUUGUAUAGAUUUGAACUGUUUCUAAUUGCGUGUUUAAUAUAUUAUUAUUCGAUACUACUUGUUAAAAUGGCACGAGAACUCAAUAAAUUUUGGUAAACAUA